UUACGUGACGUACUUGAAUGCAGCAUUACCUUGGCGAAUUUGGUUUGGGAGUUUCCGAGUUUCGUGAAGCUGUUUAGUUUUGCACAGUGUCAGAAACAGAACGAGGGCUUGAAUAGUAUCAGCAGUAAACAGUAAUAGCUAGCUAGGUAGCUAGUUAUGUAUUUACGUAAUAUUUUUCGUGCACAGUUGGCCGGGACCAGAGCGUGUCUGCUAAACCCUCUGCAGCAUGCUUUUCGAGCCGAGGUAGCUGCUCUAAACCCAACCCGUCUUUUAAUUAUCGUAAACAUUUUGAUUGCGCUUACUGUAGCCGAGCAUUUUCUCAGCAAACACUCUGGUAGCUCUGUUGGUGGCUGUGGGGAAGCUUCAGCGUCCCUCCACCAAGAGAGAUCACUCUGCGCCAAAAGUGAUGAGGUGAAGCUGGCAGAAGAGGCCAGCAAAAGGUACGGCUCUCCAGGUCCAACCAUCUUCUCCAAAGUGAUUGAUAAAAGCAUCCCUGCAGAUAUUAUCUAUGAAGAUGACAAGUGCUUGGCAUUCAGGGAUAUCAGCCCACAGGCCCCCGUUCACUUCUUGGUCAUCCCAAGGGUCCCUAUCCCUCGAAUAAGUGCAGCUAGAGAUGACGAUGCUGAGCUCUUGGGACAUUUGUUGGUCGUUGCUAAAAAUGUGGCAAAGCAGGAAUCUCUCAGCGAAGGCUACAGAGUGGUGAUCAAUGAUGGCAAACACGGAUCUCAGUCGGUCUACCACCUUCACGUCCACGUCCUGGGAGGAAGACAGAUGGCCUGGCCGCCAGGAUAAAGGCUUUAAGUACAACUGUGGAAACGACUGGAGGGAUCCUUUCAAGAAACUUGAGUUUUGUUCAACUGCUUAAAUAAUUUUAGCCAGUAGUUUGACAGAGUUUCUAAAGCUCCUUCAAAGUUGUUGUUGUUUUUUUCCAGCUUUGGCUGUUUUUGUUGAAACACAAACGAAUCAGGCAGGGCAAUCGGCACAACAUACUGAAAUAUCGCGCCAUCAACCGACAUUGGGGCAAAAAACACCAUUUAAUGGCUAUCACAAUUGUUUACUUUGUUAUUUUAUGUAGCAGCAAUGAGAGAAAGGAGAACAACCUUUGUCUUACAACAGACUGCUCUUAAUUAACCGACUGAACUAAUAUGUGGCUGAAUCAGUCUCUAAAUGAAAAGGAAGGCUAUCAGUAUGAGUAUGUACAAAAAACCCUGAAAAUAUAAAUAUGUUGAUCUAUACAAAUACAAAAAUUGGCAGCAGGACACCAUGGUUGACACGGCUUUAAAUAAAGGCUUUAAUUGUA